CACGUCAGGAAAAAGUUGCUGGGAAAUCCUCUGAGACUGUGAAGUAAGUGCAGGACUGGCAAAGUACAGGGUACACGCUGACCCUCACUUGGAGUAGGCUUGGAACAUCCCUGAUAACUAGUCCUCCCAAUGGCUAGCAGCAUCUGUGAGCGUGAUGACCCUUGGCACCUGUGAAAAGCGCGGCAGUAGUUUGAAACUGGAUAUUGCUUACAGUGUAUUGACAUACUGAUUGCCCGGCUGGAUAUCGGCUUUAAUAUUUAAUUCUGCACUAGAUAAAUCACCAGGAUAAUAUGGUGUGCCUGGGAGAAUGUAAAUGGACUAACAUGUUCCCUUUUCUCAUGGUGUCACUUGUGUAUUCUGCUAAUGCUGAGUAUUCUAAUUGUGGUGAAAAUGAAUACUAUAACCAGACAACUGGAACAUGCCAUGAAUGUCCGCAAUGUGAGCCAGGAGAAGAACCCUAUAUGACAUGUGGAUAUGGUACCAGAGAUGAAGACUAUGGCUGUGUCCCUUGCCCAUCUGAAAAAUUUUCCAAAGGCGGGUAUCAGAUAUGCAGGCGGCACAAGGACUGUGAGGGGUUCUUUAGAGCAACAGUAAUGACCCCUGGAGACCAAGAAAAUGAUGCUGAAUGUGGACCGUGUCUUCCUGGUUACUACAUGCUGGAAAACAGGCCAAGGAACAUCUAUGGAAUGGUUUGCUACUCAUGCUCACUGGCACCUCCCAACACCAAAGAAUGUCUAGGUGUUACUUCUGGGGUGUCAAUCAGUUUCCCAAGCACUUCUGGAACAAGCACUCGUUCUCCAUUCCAGCACAUGCACAAAGGAGAUCUUUCCGGACAAGGACAUCUCGCUACUGCUCUCAUCAUUGCUAUGUCUACAAUUUUCAUCAUGGCAAUUGCUAUUGUGCUGAUCAUCAUGUUUUACAUUGUGAAAACUAGAACGUCAGCUCAAGCUUGCUGCACCAGCCAUCCAGUGAAGACUGUAGAAGCUCAGGCCAAUCUGCAGGAAGAAAAAAAAGAAGUGCAAGAAAAUGUUGUGAUUUUCUCAGAGAAAGAUGAGUUUGGAAAAUUGACAGCAACACCAGCUAAGGUUGCAAAGAGUGAAAACGAUGCCUCUUCAGAAAACGAACGGCUUUUAAGUCGUAGCAUGGACAGCGAUGAAGAAGCUGCGAUUGACAAGCAAGGCACUCCAGAGUUGUGCUUGUUGUCUCUAGUACAUUUGGCUAGGGAUAAAUCUUCCACGAACAACAAAUCAACUGGCAUUCAAAGCCGGAGGAAAAAGAUCCUUGAUCUGUAUGCUAAUGUAUGCAGUGUUGCAGAAGGACUCAGUCCCACAGAGCUUCCAUUUGAUUGCCUAGAGAAGACCAGCAGGAUGCUCAGUUCUACAUAUAACACAGAGAAGGCCAUUGUGAAGACAUGGCGCCACCUUGCCGAAAGCUUUGGACUGAAACGUGAUGAAAUAGGAGGCAUGACGGAUGGCAUGCAGCUCUUUGACCGUAUCAGCACAGCUGGCUACAGUAUUCCAGAACUGUUGACAAAACUAGUGCAGAUUGAACGGUUAGAUGCCGUGGAGUCUCUCUGUUCAGAUAUCUUGGAAUGGGCACAAGUGAUGCCCAAGCCUGAUCCAGCUGUAGCCUCAUGACAUGCAUAUUGGUGAAUUUCAUUUCAAAAAGAACUAGUGGAAAAUAGAGAACCCUGGAACCAUGGGCCCCAGAAUGCGACAGACUCUUGAAAGCAUAGAUGGCUUUCGGAUUUCGGUAGCAGCAUUUCUGUUGCUCUGAGAAUAAAGUGAGCCAAGACUUGUUACCGGGUUGCCACAAACCAAAUUGAAGGACCUCACAGACUUCUUGGAUUGGAAUCACUUGUCCAGAAAAAGAGAGAUUAUCUAACUCAACUGAAAAGCAUGGAUACCGGUCAACGGCCAGUGUCAGUGCUGGCUGUGAAGAAAUCCAAUUUAAUUGCUGUGACUUGAUUUGCUUCAAAUUGCAACAGCUGCUAGCAGCAUCAGAUUUAGUACUGCAGGUCAGGAUACAAAUAAGAAGCUUGCCAGUUUUGCUAUCCCCAGCAUUUACCUGAUUAUCAGUUGCCUUUUCUAUGUAACACAUCGGCUUUUUAAUAGUCAGUGAGCCUGAGGAUGAAGUUAUGUUAACUUAGGUUAGUUGAUUUACAAUUUUUACCACAUUUAAG